AUGCAUCAGUUAUCUAUUGCCAAGCGGGUGCGAACACCGACCGGAGUCAAUCUGUACAAGAAAAUCUAUGAAAAGACCGAUGAGAAGCUCAAGGAGUUCAUCAAGCAAACCUCGAUGGAUACUUACCAGCAGGAGGCAAAGCCAUUGCAGGUCGAUACCGUCUUCAAUCUCGCGCGAGGCCGCAACACGUUUCUCUUGGCAGGUACCGGGUUUGGGAAGUCGCGGAUAUCGGAGAUGUACUUUAAGAUGAUUCCAAAGAUGAAACGGGCAGUGGCAGGCCCAUUUGAGGAUCAGCCAGGCGAAUCAAUUGCCGCAGUGUGA